AAAGAUAAUCAGUUGCAAAGAGAAGAACAAUCUUGAUUCUUGAAAUGGAGAAGAGAAACAAGAGACGAAUGAUUCUCUUCCCUCUACCACUACAAGGAUGCAUAAACCCUAUGCUUCAGCUAGCAAAGAUCCUAUUCUCAAGAGGCUUCUCAAUCACCAUCAUCCACACGCGCUUCAACGCGCCCAAAUCUUCGGACCACCCUCUCUUCACUUUCCUACAGAUCCCCGACGGUUUGUCCGAAACUCAGAAGCAGUCACGCGAUGUCCUGCUUCAGCUCACGCUCCUCAACAACAACUGCGAGAACCCGCUACGAGAGUGUUUGACCAAUCUCAUCAAAGGUUCAGAAACAGAGGAAGGUGGUGAGAUCAGCUGUUUGAUCGAUGAUUCCGGGUGGGUUUUCACGCAGUCCGUUGCGGAUAGUUUCAAUCUCCCGAGAUUCGUCCUCUGCGCGUAUAAGUUCACGUUCUUUCUCGGACAUCUUCUUGUACCUCAGCUUCGCCGUGAAGGGUUUCUUCCGUUUCCAGAUUCAGAAGCAGAGGACUCUGUUCCGGCGUUUCAACCGCUUCGAAAGAAAGAUCUCGCGAGAAUCAUGGGAAAAAAAGAUCAGGUCGAGCCGCUGGAUGCUUACUUGGUCAAGAUACUCGAGACGACGAAGCCAGCUUCGGGGCUCAUAGUCAUGUCCUGCGAAGAGCUCGACAGAGAUUCGCUUUCCGAGUCCCACAAAGUCUUUGCCUUUCCUAUAUACCCCAUUGGCCCACCUCACAUCCAUGUCGUGCCAGCUUCGUCUAGCAGCUUGUUCGAACCGGACCAGAGCUGCACUCCUUGGCUAGAUAAGCAAGAAACGAGAUCAGUGAUGUACGUGAGCUUAGGGAGUAUAGUGACAAUCACCGAGUCUCAGUUCUUGGAGAUUGCUUGUGGCUUAAGGCAAACUAACCUAUCUUUCUUGUGGGUUGUUAGGCCUGGUUCCGUCCAGGGCCGAGACUGGAUCGAGUCGUUACCAUCAGGGUUCAUGGAAGGUCUUAACGGAAAAGGAAAGAUAGUGAAAUGGGCGCCGCAGCUAGAUGUUCUCGCGCAUAGAGCAACGGGUGGGUUCUUGACACAUAACGGAUGGAACUCGACGCUAGAGAGUAUAUGCGAAGGGGUUCCUAUGAUCAGCUUGCCUUUUGUGUGGGACCAGUUGCUUAACGCGAGGUUCGUUAGCGAUGUGUGGAGGAUAGGGAUUCACUUGGAAGGUCGCAUAGAGAGGAGAGAAAUCGAGAGUGCCGUGAUAAGACUAAUGGUUGAACCGGAAGGGAAACAGAUUCGAGAGAGAGUUAACGCGUUGCGAGAUGAAGUAAGAAGAUCGGUUCAACGAGGAGGCUCGUCAUCUCGGUAUUUAGAUGAUCUGGUUGAUCGUAUUACAUCAUUCUAGCUUUGUAAUUUAACCAUGGGAGAUCGUUAACCGGAAAUGAUUCUGGUCAUUGUGUCGGACACUCUUGGUUUAAAUGACCGUUGAAACUAAACUAAUAUUACAUGUUGUUGUUUUGAAUUUGAGGAGUUAAUUGGUCA